AUGAUAGAGAUACUUACUAUAAUCCGAACGCGAAAUUCCUGUCCGGAUGAACGAGGUCCUUCUCUACACUUAGUCGGCAACAGCAACGCUAUGCGGUCUUUUGUGUUUGUUCAAAGGUUAUUUCUGUGCGGAUUAUUUGAAAAUGCUCAGCCGUUUAUCAACAGGCCGCACUUCGGUGGCAGUUGUGAAAGUAAUCGCGGCAAACAUGUCGGAAAUUAUCCCGUUGUAGGCUUACUGCGGAUAUGGAAGCUCGUUUGUGAUGCUCACACGGAAUGUAUUAUGGACUUUAGAUUCAUCUAG